UAAUAGCUAAAUGUAUUUUUAAGGAUAUUUUUCAUUAGUAUAAAAGAUUUAUAUGGACAUUAUUUUGAAAUUAGUCGCUUAUUUCGCGUGUUGUUUGAAAAUUAACCGCUCCGAGGCCGGAACGGUUGCGCUUUCGAAGCGUCCGACGGAGCCGUUUCGUUAAGGGACCGAGUGUUCCCCAGCUGAUCCAUCCCGACAAAAGGCGGAACAUGAGCAAAGACUCCCAGAUGAGGGCUGCGAUCAACCAGAAGCUGAUAGAAAUGGGAGAACGGGAGCGGUUGAAAGAGCUGCUGAGGGCGAAGCUGGUGGAGUGUGGAUGGAAGGAUCAGCUGAAGGCACACUGCAAAGAUGUGAUCAGAGAAAAGGGUCUGGAGCACGUCACAGUGGAGGACCUGGUCACAGAAGUCACACCUAAAGGCAGAGCACUCGUCCCCGACAGCGUGAAGAAAGAGCUGCUGCAGAGAAUCCGAGCUUUUCUAGCUCAACACGCCACCUUGUGAACGAGCCGACUCUCGUCUAGACGAUUUUUUUACUCACCUGUAGACCCACAACUAUAAAAACCCAACCAACCAAUGUUUGUUCUCAUUGUGAGCGAUGCUGAAGUGUUAAUUUUAUUUUGUAUUGUGUGUUUUCAUAUUGAUUUUAGUUUGUUAUGCAGCAGUUUUUUGGAGAAAAAGAAUAAAAAAUAAAAUCAUGCCUAUUUUGGUCA